AUCUGUAGCCAGCCACCCCUCUGGUGCCCGUGAAGAUCCAGGUCUAGCUCGCUAAACUUGCCAAAUCACACGCGCCGUAGAAGCAACUGCACCGGAUAUUUUUGUUUUUGAGUGGUGUUUAGAUGUUUGAUUUGAAAACGGGUAAAUGGGUUUAAACCCGGGAAGGCUCGGAAACAGGUUUGGGCAGUAGCUUUGGGAAAAAAGGGAAGUCGGACGGAGAGAGUAUUAAAGCAGAGAGCGUGAAAAGAGAAAGAGAGAAAAGCAAAAGGUCAUGGACUGGAGGAGGAAUGUGAGAGUCUAAAUUGGAAACAAAGAAACCUUUACAUCAAACACCAUCUCCAACAACAAAGAUAAUAUCAUCUCUCUCUCUCUCUCUCUCUCUCUCUCUCUCUCUCUCUCUCUCUCCGUCUCUGAGUUACUAUUUUGGUUGUAGAUCUUUCUGUGAAACCCUUGUGGUUCUUACUUCUGUUUCCUCAAGUGCCGGCAAUACAGGGACAUAAUCUACUUGUUCUAAGUAUACGUAUUUAAGAGUUUAAUUACAUUGAUUUGGUAAAAAUCUUUUUGAGAAGUUGUGGAUUUGAUGGCGAGAUUGUGAAGUGUGGUCUUAAGUUUUGGCUUAGAGUGAGAAAUCGUUAGUGUGCCGGUGGUAGGGAAGCAAGAAACAAUGGCGGCAGGAGGGACAUUGUCAUUUUCGGUAGCGUCCAUGGUGGAGGAUGUGCUUCAACAGCAUGGUACUCGCGUCGGAGAUCUCAAUUUGGAGUCUAGAAAAGCUGAGGAAGCUGCAUCAAGAAGAAAUGAGGCUGCUGGGUGGCUUAGAAAGAUGAUCGGUGUUGUUGUGGCUAAAGAUUUGCCUGCUGAGCCUUCCGAGGAAGAGUUUAGGCUUGGAUUGAGAAGUGGGAUUAUCCUCUGCAACGCUAUCAAUAAGGUUCAACCUGGAGCUGUGCCCAAGGUGGUAGAAAGUCCAUGUGAUUCAGCUUUGAUCCCUGAUGGGGCGGCAUUGUCUGCGUUUCAGUACUUCGAGAAUGUGAGAAACUUCCUUGUUGCUAUUCAAGAAAUGGGGCUUCCCACGUUUGAGGCUUCCGAUUUGGAACAAGGAGGGAAAUCGGCAAGGGUUGUGAAUACAGUUCUGGCACUUAAAUCCUACAGUGACUGGAAACAGACUGGGGGUAAUGGCAUAUGGAAAUUUGGUGGAAAUAUAAAACCUACUACGUCAGCCAAGUCUUUUGUAAGAAAAAAUUCCGAGCCAUUCACGAACUCGUUGUCGAGGACCUCCUCAAUGAAUGAAAAACCUUUGAGUGCUCAGGCCUCUGAUCUUGAUUCUAAUAAAAUGUCUAGUUCUCGCACCUUUAGUAUGCUUGUCCGUGCACUUCUAUUAGAUAAGAAGCCUGAAGAAGUUCCAGUGGUGGUAGAGUCUGUGCUAAGCAAGCUCGUGGAGGAAUUUGAGCAACGUAUUGCCAGCCAAUAUGAAUUGACAAAAACAACUCCGAAAGAUGCGGCUGUUUCUCACAGCAAAAAGCCUUCAAUGAAAUUCGCUUCUGGUGACAAAAUGAUGGAAGACAAAGACUCGUUCAAUAAAAGUUACAUCUCUGAAGAGGAAUCAAAAGGUCGGCUGCUUAAGCAGCAAAUGAUCUUCGAUCGACAACAAAGAGAUGUUCAGGAACUAAAGCAAACUCUUCACACUACAAAAUCUGGUAUUCAGUUUAUGAAAAUGAAGUUCCGUGAGGAGUUCAACAAUAUUGGUUUGCAUAUUCACAGCCUAGCUCAUGCUGCGAGUGGGUAUCACAGAGUUCUUGAGGAAAACCGAAAGCUUUACAAUCAAGUCCAAGACCUCAAAGGAAGUAUCAGGGUUUAUUGUCGAGUGAGACCUUUCUUAUCUGGACUUUCAAACUAUAUGAGCACUGUGGAUCACAUAGAAGAUGGAAAUAUCACUAUUAACAUCCCCUCAAGACAUGGGAAAGGACGUAGGUCCUUCAACUUUAACAAAGUCUUUGAGCCAUCUGCAACCCAAGCGGAUGUUUUCUCUGAUAUGCACCCACUGAUUCGGUCUGUCCUUGAUGGUUACAAUGUUUGUAUUUUUGCAUAUGGCCAAACAGGAUCAGGGAAAACUUACACUAUGACUGGACCCAGAGAGCUUACAGAGAAAAGCCAAGGUGUAAAUUAUAGGGCAUUGGGAGACUUGUUUCUGAUAGCAGAUCAAAGAAAGGACACUUUCAACUAUGAUGUUUCUGUUCAGAUGAUUGAGAUCUAUAACGAGCAAGUCCGAGAUCUUCUUGUUACUGAUGGAACUAACAAAAGAUUAGAAAUUCGUAAUAGUUCUCAGACAGGUCUCAGCGUGCCCGACGCAAAUCUUAUUCGUGUCUCAUCAACAUCUGAUGUUAUUGAUCUGAUGAACCUUGGACAAAGAAAUCGUGUUGUGGGUGCAACUGCCCUAAACGACCGUAGUAGUCGCUCUCACAGUUGCUUGACUGUUCAUGUUCAAGGAAGGGAUUUGACAUCUGGAGCUAUUCUUCGUGGCUGUAUGCAUCUGGUUGAUCUUGCAGGGAGUGAGAGGGUAGACAAAUCUGAGGUGACCGGAGAUAGAUUAAAAGAAGCUCAACAUAUUAACAAGUCACUCUCGGCUUUAGGGGAUGUGAUUGCUUCCCUUGCCCAAAAGAACUCACAUGUCCCUUACAGAAACAGCAAACUAACACAGCUGCUCCAAGAUUCACUGGGUGGACAAGCCAAGACACUUAUGUUUGUUCACAUAAGUCCUGAGCCAGAUGCUGUCAGUGAAACAAUAAGUACACUUAAAUUUGCAGAGCGAGUAGCCACAGUUGAACUUGGUGCUGCCCGGGUAAACAAAGAUAGUACAGAUGUCAAAGCACUCAAAGAACAGAUUGCUGGUCUUAAGGCAGCACUAGCCAGGAAAGAGGAGGAAGAUGAACACAAUAAACGCCCAGCCUCUGGUGGUUCCGAUAAAUAUAGGACAAAAGCUAGUGAAUUGUCACCUUUUCAUUCCAAACAUCAGGGUACAGACAUGCUAGGCAAUCAGAUUGGCUGCCGGCAACCAAUGGGCAAUGUAGUGAUCACUGAGCCCCACAACAAUUCGGCCUCAAGGCAAAAAAGAGAGAGCUUUGAUCUUGAUGAGCUACUAGUGAAUUCACCUCCCUGGCCCCCAGCUGAAAGUCCUAGCCAGAAUUAUGGGGAGGAUGAUAAAGACAUGGGCUCGGGUGAGUGGGUGGAUAAGGUUAUGGUGAACAAGCAAGAAGCAGCAAGCAGAGCUCGAAAUCCUUUAGGAUGCUGGGGAGCAGACAAUGGGAAUUUAUCUGAUGUUUUCUACCAGAAAUAUCUCCAGGAUUCUUCCAAGGUUUAUCCAGAACAGUCGUACAAUAUGUUCAUGGGAAGCAACGGGUUCAAUGUCGCUAGUACAGAUGACAUGGAUGAUCUUGAUGCUGCCACCAGUGACUCUUCAGAGCCAGAUCUGCUCUGGCAAUUCAAUCAAACUAAACUUACUAACAUGGGCAAUGGCAUUGGGUCAAAGACCAAGAAAUCUAAUGCAAAGCAAGUGAAAAGCCCAGAUCUAAGCAAGAGCUUUAAUCCUUCUUCUCUAGGCCCUUCACCUUCACGGAAACCUUUGAAUGGGGUGCCACAUAGGAUUGCAAGGCAGCCAGCUCCAGCUGAGAUGAAACGCAAAGCUGGGAAUAGAAAGUAGAGGUGUUAACUUAACACGUUGAGAGAGGGUGAUUCAAAUAUUAUUUUUUUUUCGUAGUGAUUUCUUUGAUUUUGUUACAGAGAGAGAGAGAGAGAGAGAGAGA